GCUAUGGUCACCAGCAUGGCUUCGAUCCUGGACGGCGGCGACUACCGGCCUGAGCUCUCCAUCCCGCUGCACCACGCCAUGAGCAUGUCCUGCGACUCGUCCCCGCCCGGCAUGGGCAUGAGCAACACCUACACCACGCUGACGCCGCUCCAGCCGCUGCCGCCCAUCUCCACAGUGUCCGACAAGUUCCACCACCCGCACCCGCACCACCAUCCGCACCACCACCAUCACCACCACCACCAGCGCCUGUCGGGCAACGUCAGCGGCAGCUUCACCCUCAUGCGCGACGAGCGCGGGCUCCCGGCCAUGAACAACCUCUACAGCCCCUACAAGGAGAUGCCCGGCAUGGGCCAGAGCUUGUCCCCGCUGGCCGCCACGCCGCUGGGCAACGGGCUGGGUGGCCUGCACAACGCGCAGCAGAGCCUGCCCAACUAUGGGCCGCCAGGUCACGACAAAAUGCUCAGCCCCAACUUCGACGCGCACCACACUGCCAUGCUGACCCGCGGCGAGCAGCACCUGUCCCGCGGCCUGGGCACCCCGCCCGCGGCCAUGAUGUCGCACCUCAACGGCCUGCACCACCCCGGCCACGCUCAGUCCCAUGGGCCAGUGCUUGCGCCCAGCCGUGAGCGGCCGCCGUCGUCUUCGUCGGGCUCGCAGGUGGCCACGUCGGGCCAGCUGGAAGAGAUCAACACCAAGGAGGUGGCCCAGCGCAUCACCGCCGAGCUGAAGCGCUACAGCAUCCCGCAGGCCAUCUUCGCGCAGAGGGUGCUGUGCCGGUCUCAGGGGACUCUCUCCGACCUGCUCCGGAACCCCAAACCGUGGAGUAAACUCAAAUCUGGCAGGGAGACCUUCCGCAGGAUGUGGAAGUGGCUGCAGGAGCCCGAGUUCCAGCGCAUGUCCGCCUUACGCCUGGCAGCAUGCAAACGCAAAGAGCAAGAACCAAACAAAGACAGGAACAAUUCCCAGAAGAAAUCUCGCCUGGUUUUCACCGACCUCCAACGCCGAACACUCUUUGCCAUCUUCAAGGAGAACAAACGCCCGUCCAAAGAGAUGCAGAUCACCAUUUCCCAGCAGCUGGGCCUGGAGCUCACCACCGUCAGCAACUUCUUCAUGAACGCCCGGCGCCGAAGCCUUGAGAAGUGGCAAGAUGACCUGAGCACAGGAGGCUCCUCAUCCACCUCCAGCACUUGUACCAAAGCGUGA